GAGAUAAGAACGAAGCUCGGGGGAGUCGCUGCCUGCAAGCGGCUGAUUCACGACGGAGUAACGGGAGGUGAUCGGCUGGGCCCGAGCAGAGCGCAUCAUGAUGGGAGAGGACUUGUUCUUACUGUGGCUCACAUGCGUUUGUAUCGUGCACAGCUCGGGGACGUUGUCUCACGUGGAGCGUUACGAGGUGGUCCGACCUCAGAGACUCCAGGAGAGACACAGGAGGAGCCUUCAGGACCACCCGCAGCUUUAUCCUGAUACAGUUCGGUACGAGUUGGCCAUCGAAGGGAGAAAUCACACAGUUCUUCUGGAAAAAAACAGGAACCUUAUUGGGAGAGACUACACUGAAACACAUUAUACUGAAGAUGGCAAACGGGUGACAACAUCACCGAAACAAGAUCAUUGCUACUAUCACGGUCACAUCGAAGGCAUGGAUGACUCCUCGGUGAGCGUGGGGAUUUGUUCUGGCAUGAGUGGCUUCCUGAGAGCCCGGCAGCAGGUUUACCUGAUCGAGCCUCUGGGGCAGACGGACGAUGGCGAUCAUGCCGUUUACAGACAGGAGCACCUGAAAAUCAGCGGCAGGCCCAGCUGUGGCUAUUCAUCCAACACCACCCUACUCUACGACCAGGACCAGGGCCCUCAGGUCGCUGGACUCUUCAGGUCCAGAUCAUGGAAAUCGAAUCCCACGCCGGGUCCUCAGAGGUUUGUCGAGCUGUAUGUUGUGGUGGACAACGCUGAGUAUAAAAAAUAUGGAAGCAAUACUGAAUCCCGUAUCCUCGGAGUCGUGAAUCACAUCGAUAAGCUGUAUCGGCGUCUGAACAUCCGCGUCCUGCUGGUGGGGUUGGAGAUUUGGUCGAACAAAGACCUCAUCGACGUCAGCCACAGUUCAGAAGCCACGCUGGACAAGUUCCUGGCGUGGCGUCAGGACGACCUCCUGCUGAGGGUGAAGCACGACAACGCCCAGUUUGUGACCUGGAGAGAUUUUGACGGAGAAACAGUCGGACUGGCAAAUAAGUUCGCCAUGUGCACCGGAAACUCAGGAGGCGUGAAUCAGGAUCACCAUGAAAACCCAAUAGGCCUCGCCUCCACUAUCGCCCAUGAGAUGGGACAUAACUUUGGCCUUUCCCACGACGCUCCAGACUGCACGUGCGGUUCCACCUUCAGCGGGAAGGAUUGUGUCAUGGCAGAAAAGCUCAGGGCAGGAAAUCAAAUGUUCCCGGAGUUGUUCAGCAGCUGCAGUCUUUCUCAGCUCGCUGAAUUCCUGGAGCGAGCUCAGCCCAGCUGCCUGCAAAAGCCCACCUCCUCCAGGAUCAUCGCCGUGGGCCCCCGCUGCGGCAACGGCAUGAUGGAGCCCGGAGAGGAGUGCGACUGUGGCAUGGUGGAGGAAUGCAACAAUCCCUGCUGCGAUGCCUCGACUUGUCGGUUGACUGCAGGAUCCCAGUGUGCUCACGGACAGUGCUGUGAGAAGUGUCAGUUGAAGUCAUCUGGGAGCGUGUGCAGGCAGUCAGCCGGGACCUGCGACCUGCCCGAGUUCUGCACCGGACUGUCGUCGGAUUGUCCUGAAGACAGCUUCGAGAUGAACGGCAAGCCCUGCUACAAAACGCUCCAGGGCAGCGGCACUGUCCAGGGAUACUGCUACAACGGCCAGUGUCCCACCCAGGAGCAUCACUGCUGGAGGCUUUUUGGACCAGGGGCCCAGGUGGCACCAGAUUUAUGUUUCAACCUGAACCAGCGUGGCGAGGAAGGCGCUAACUGUGGGAAGAACAAAUUCGGCUUCAUUCGUUGUGCUCCACAGGAUGUUAAGUGCGGAUCGAUGUUUUGUGAGGAAGGAGGCGAGUCUAUCACAGGGAAACGGGCAAGCUACAACACAAUGUACGGCAAAGAGUGCAAACUCGCCGUGGACGACGAUAAGAGGAGAAACCUGGACAUGGUGCCGAGUGGCACGAAAUGUGCGCCGGAUAAGGUUUGCCUCAAUAACAGAUGUGUGGAUGUGUCAGCCUACGGGAAGAGGGAGGACUGUGCAAAGAAGUGCAACAACAACGGAGUGUGUAAUCACAGGAACGAGUGCCACUGUAAUCCCGGCUGGGCUCCUCCCAAAUGCAACGUCCAGUACGCGGAUUUACCUCAAGAUCAGGUUGGGCUGAUAGCCGGUGUGUGCGCAGCAGUCUCCAUCCUGCUGGUCGUCACUCUGCUGAUUGCUGGGCUGAUGUGCUGUAAGAAGGACGACAUGGAGCGCUACAUCGCUACAAGGAAAGUGCAUUCAGCUGAAGGGAAGCUGAACCCGUCGUUCCAAGAAGGAAGUGGUAAAGAAAGACCUCAGAUCAGUCAGCCCACCUUCAUGGAGACCACAGCAAAACAGGCCUGCACCCCUCUGAUGGGUCGAGUGACCCCCUGCAGACCCGCCCCACAGCCACCGCUGAAAGCGUCUUCAUCGUCAGUCACGUCGGAAACUGAGCCGAUGAAACCUCUACCUCCAUCUAAACCUUUACCAACUCUGAAUAAAACACAGAACAAAGCAGUGAAACCAACCCCUCCUCCCGUACCUCCGGUCAAGCCCAGCCCUUCGCCGGCAACCAGAAUAAAGCCUUUCGCGCCUCCUCCGCCCCCAGCGAAGCCUCGUGUUCACAGACUCGCAUGAAAUCCUCAUCAAGAGUAUCGACUUGUACCAAAGCAGAGACAUCCAGGGUGUAGUUUUACUUUUUAAAAGCGAGUGACUCGCCGACGCUCGGCUCUGUGGAAAAGUUUACGCUUCAAAGCCGGUAAAGAUGUUGUGCAGACCGAGGCUCCACCAGCUGAGAGUAUCUUUAAUGACACGAGACCAACAGCUGCACAGCUGCUGUGGAAAAGUCUGAUUUUUUUUUUCUUGGCUGUUUUCUGGUGGUGGGGUUCGUUCUAAAUUAACUGCUGCUGCAGUUUUCCUCCUGUGUAACGCGUGUAAAGCACUUUUAUAAGAUAUUGUUUUACAGUAUUUAUUUAAUGAGUGUUUAAGGGACUGCAUGAAAAUGAUUAGGCAGUUAUCUUUUUCGUGAAUGGUAAUGUGUUCAGUUUGUAGCUUGUUUGGGACACUCACACACUCUGUGCCUCUACAAGCAGCUCUAAUCAGUAUUUUUUAUAAGAUAAUGUGAAAAAGUGUCCAUGUCAAAGGGUCACUUGUCCUGAUACCUGCACAGAACUGAGCUUGCAGCUCCACUGUGAUAUAAAGAGAUCUGAAUGUUGCUGGGACUCAUUUAGGACGUAAUUAAACAGGAGCAAAGCAAAACUAAGCAACUAGUCUGAACAUAAUAAGAAAGAAAAUCCUAAUUAUAUGUCAAAGGUCUCUAAAUCAUGGGCCACCCUGCAUUGUUAAAAUUGCACAGGCAUAAUGUCAGAGCACUUUUAACAUUUUUUACAGCAUUGGGGAAACUCAAGCUUCAGAGGUGAACAUUUAUAAGACAGUUUGCCACUUUUUCCAGUCUUUGUGCACAAAUUUGCUUGUAGACUUUCUUUUUUGUAAAGUAAAAAAUUUAUUCUCUUAAAUUUGGUACGUUUUCUUGUAAAUUUGACUUUUUUUCAACAAAUUUUAGUGGCCCUAAUACGCCCUGUUAGGUUCAUGUCCGUGUGGCCAUGCAGAAUCAAAGACGGCUGCUGUGUAACACAGUAAAUCAGACCGUUGACUGAUGGUGUAUACUAAUACAAUACCUGAUCACCAACAAAUAGAAGUGAUCAACUUUCCUAUUACUUACCUGAUGGAGAUUUGUGUGAGACGGCAAACGCCUGUUGCUUACUCAGCAGUAAAAACACAACAAACAAAAGAAUCUGUAACUUCAUAAUGAAUGUGAAAACAGCUGCAGCUCCAGUAAAAGAACAAUGGGCAGGAGCUCGGGCAGCUCUCAGCCUAACUAGCCUGAGUGUAUUCAGCAGUGAAAACUCAUCUCAAGCAGACUGCAUGUGAGAAAAGAGCUGGAGGCAUUUUAGGAGACAGUCAGGAAAUGUAUGGGAGAAUUCUUCAGCAGCAAAUAUGCCGGCAAUGUUUCACUUCCAGUUAAAAAGAUUUUUGAAAGUAUAUUUUAGGGAAAGUCUGCAAAGUUUUAAACUGUUUUUAAUCAAAUUUGAUCAGUUGUGUAAUUUCUAUGUCCUGGUGAGCAAAAUGAUAGGUUUAGGGAGGAAAUCUGAGUCCAGCAGCCUGAAAGAAAAACAAAAUAACCUCCAAAAUAUCAGAAAGAGGUAGAAGAAUCUAACUGCGAGUGACAACAGCCAGUCUGUAAACCUGUUACUAAUCCCAACAUGUUUCUAAGUGGUGUGAAACGUUGAUUCGGGUGGUUUUGUAAUGCCGUUAUUCAAAAUUUUAACGAUGUGCUACCCUUUAUUUUAUUUAAAUGCUGGACUCAAAACUUUUUGAACCAACCACGAGACAGCGUUCGUCUGCAUCCUUAAUUGUUCUUAUUUAAAUUCUUCUUUGGAGACCAGCUUGUAAAAAUAGCCAAAUGAACAGCUGAGACCAAAAACAGAGCGACUGGUGAGGUUUCACUAAUAGCUGCACGCAAACGCAGCCUCAAAUGUUUUUUACCUGUUGGUUUGUGAUUGUUGUGCCUUUUUUUUCUUUUAAAUUAAACAAAGUUCCAGUUGAUACUGAGAGAUCAAUGGGAAACUGUAUUUUUUUCCUUCUUUUUUGGAUUUUUGACUUUCAUGCAGUCCCUACAGUGCCUUCGCAGCCAUUUUGUGCCUUCUACAAAGUGUUUUUUUUACAUUACUUUGCACUGUACUUGAAGGUACGUCCGUUACGUGGCCUCUGUGUGUUACUGUGGUUCAGCUUUAAACCUUUUUAAGCUCCAUUGUUCGUUCAGUCCCACAGAGGUGGGGAAUGGGUGGAUGUAAUGGAGCCUUGAGGAGAAAUUACUGUUUUGUUUGUUUUCUCUUAAACUGCACUGAUAUUUUUCUAGGAAGAGUUGUGAAGGUUUCAUAUGUUGAACUGCAAAGUAGUCAUUAAUCCAAAACUACAGCGUAUGAUUUCACAUGAUAACAGUCCUCUUUAAUUGUAAUCAGUUGCGUAUGAUCAGAUGUAAAAACUUGAAUUCCCAUGAAGCGCUUUCUGUUGCAAUGAAUAAAGUGCACUUUAUUUCGACAGUGUGA